UCCCUCCCUCUCUUUUUCUCGGUGUGAUCUGGCCUCAGUCUCUCAUCACCACCGCCCUCACCGUGGAAUCGUCCAGGAAAUUAACCGAGCCGCAGGAGAAGCCGCCGCCUCAUCCCGUUCACUGUGACCGGCUCUGCUGCUGCUCCGCGCCGCCGUGCUCUUUUUGGAGGAAAGCCUAGCGACGUCACUGGUGUAGUUAUCUGAUGCUCAGCUGCAGCACCAGCCGCAGAAGUUAGUUGCUUUGUCACUGUGGAGCUAGCGCCCCCUGCUUUUUUCCUCCCAAUUUUUAACACUUUACUGCCCGCGGUCACCACAGACAUGGAAUCCCAGAUCGAUAAGGACGGUUGUAGAGUCGCUUACGAAGACGUGAGGGACGACAACACGGACUCUAACUGGGCUGUGUUUAAAUACGAAGGCUCAACGAUUGUACCUGCGGGUCAAGGCACCGACUAUGAGGAGUUCAAGAAGCUGUGCACAGACGACACUCGUCUGUACGCCUACGUCCGCGUGACGACAGGAGACGCCAUGAGCCGACGCACCAAGUUCACCCUCAUCACCUGGAUCGGAGAGAACGUGCCUGCGCUGAAGCGCGCCAAGAUCAGCAUUGACAAGGCUAUGGUCAAAGAAAUCAUGCAGAACUUUGCCAAGGAGUUCCUGGUGAUGGACCAGAAGGAGCUGGAGGAGGAUUACAUCAUCGAGGAGCUGAGGAAGGCGGGCGGAGCCAACUACGACGCUCAGGCCGAGUAGAGAAGUGCCACGGUCAACUGGAAGGGAAGGGGCGGGGUCAGGGGUGGGCUUUUUGGGGUUGGGCUUAGGGGUGGGGCUUUGGUGAGGGGUGGAAUGAGUCGGGUGGGUUGGCGGGGCAGGGCUGUUACCUCUUGGGGUGAGGGGCGUGGCAAGAUGGAGAGGGGCGUGGCAGGACGGAGAGGACUUUAACAUUUUACUUUCAAACUGGCGUCAAGCAAAUCAGCCCUUUGUGUAUUUGCCAGAACAAACAAAGCAGAGGUGUCGUGUUUCGUGUGUAUGAAGAUGUUUCACCUCGCGUCCAGGAGGAGUCGUCUUCUUCUUCUUCUUCUUCUGUAGAACUGAAGUUCUGCACAAGAAGAAGAAGAAGCAGCUUCUUCUUCUCUUCAAGAACUUUAAGUCCAGUUGCUCAUGAUUCAGGCCGCGUUAUUUGCUGUUUUUCAUAAACGUUCCCCGUAAAGUAAAGUAAAGACGCCGUCGUUUCAGGAAAUAUCUGCAUUCCACAUGGAACCCUAACCCAGAACGCUGUAGUACACAUGAGAGGACUGCAGGUGGCGCUGUAGACGUAAACUUUUGUUUAUUUAAGUAAAAAUAGAUUUUGUUUCCUCCUGCAAUGACGUCACCGUCACCAAGUAGUGUAUUCAAAAAAAUACAGCUUGGGCGGGCCCUCUCACACUGGCGUGGGCGGGCCCUCACACACUGGUGUGGCCCCCUGCUGUCCUGCCCUCUGUCCUCUCCUCAGUCGGCUCAUGGUUUUGUCGUCUACUGUGCUUCAUCAUCUCACUCACACUCAUCCUCACCUCGACGGAGCCGCAGCUGAGCCCGCGUGACGUGGAGGGGCGGGGCCUCUGCGUUUCCCCGCAGUGAGGAUGUGGUGGAGUGAAGGGUUUCACCUCAGAGCCCUUCCUCCUGCAGCAGGCGCGUUUGUUUUUGACACCAGAACGCCAGCUCUUAGUCGUGAUACACUGUAACCCACGAGGAAAAGAUCUCCACCUCCGCACCGGGAAAUCAAACUCUCUCACUCUCAUGCUCUCGCUGCUGCGCGUUUGGCAAAACCUUACAAGAAUUCCAGAAAGCAUCGUCGCAGAGGAGCUGAACGGAAACGUCUUCUUCCUCCUCUUUAACGCCGCAAAGUCAACCAGUCUCCAGUCGAGGUUCUCCCAGGUUCUCCACGACACGACAUCUGCUCGCCGCCCACUGCGCGUCGUUGGCAUCUGCAGUCCAAACGUUCUGUGACGCGCCGACGGCACGCGCUCCCCGAAAACACGGCGUAUUUAGACAGAACGUUGAGAGCGGGUAAAGGAAGUGCGCCGCGAGCACAGGCGAUCUCGACGAGCUGAAUGUCUCUGAGUCCAAGUCUUGGUACGGUCCAGAUAUUUGGGACCGUGUUGAUCGCACACAUCCGUCUUCCCUGGCGACGUGUUCAAGCACGCGCGGAACACUGGACCGACGGUUAGCGUAUAAAAAAGGGGGCGGAGCAGCCAACAGUGACAAUAAAUUCUAAUAAUAAUAAUAACAAUAAUGACUCAGCAGAUUAGUGUGAGUGCUGACUCAGCGGUUUGACGUUGGGAGAUCUUUUCCUCCGGGAGAAUCCAUGAAAAACUGUAACCUACUCUGUUUGACUGCCUUAGUCUCCCAUGGAGAGAGGAGCAUCAUGGGAGUCUGUGGACACUACACUGUGAUUGGCCGUCCUCCUGACAUGUGACUGGGAGUCGUCAUCGCAGCAUGAGCCUGAGCUUUUCCUCCCAGAGCAGACGGGGGGCGCCAUUUCUCGGUUGUAGCAUCUUUAGCCGAUUAAUUUAAACCCCUCCCCCUGCAAAAUAAAGAGAUGGUUUUGUUUUUUAAUCUUAGGAGUUUUAUCUUUUUCAUUUUAU